UUGGAAUUACUACAAGCAGUCUCAGUUUCGUUCACUCACACUUCAGCAGGCGGAAAUGGCGCAGCAGUUUGUGAAGGCUCAGAUCAAAGGCGACAAAGUGGUGGUGUUCAUGAAGCCCACCUGUUCCUUCUGCAUCAUGGCUAAAGAUGUUUUGUCCAACUACAAGUUCAAGCCCGGACACAUCCAGUACAUAGACAUCAAUUCACGCAGCGACAUGGACAGCAUCCAGGACUAUCUUCUGGAGCUCACCGGGCAGCGCACGGUUCCGCGGGUCUUCAUUGGUGAGGAGUGUGUUGGAGGCGGGUCUGACGUGGCAGCUCUUCACAGGAGCGGUAAACUGGAGGGCAUGCUGCAGGCUGUUGGUGCCGUUCAGUAACGGAUUCCUCUUCUGAAGGGUUUUCGGGUGUCUCGGAGUGGGUGUGGUCACAUCACUAUGCAGCGGGACUUGCGUAGUUUGCGCCGUCGCUGCUGGUAUUCGCUGAGCUCCUGCAAGUAGCCCCGAGAGGGCCAACGCAACCUCUCCACCUGCUCGCGCUCCUCCUCUGCAACACACGGAAACACAGAAUCCUGAAAACACAACUGUAAUGUUCUGCCUUCAUUUAAUAUGCUGGCUGUACUUAGUAAAUGCUCACAGUCACACAAACAGUAAUAAUACGAAGACGGAUUUAAAUCCUUGUUUAAAAAUGUCUGUCUCUUUAUGAUUGCCUUUCUUUUCAAGCCAACCUGCAUGUUAUUUUUUUAUGAAUAAAGACCAAAAUGUGUGUGUUUAUCGAU